AUGCAACCCAAAAUAGGUACCAAUACCAUUACUAACAAAUUUGUUGCUUUAGGCGAGCCCCCAGCAUGGACGCCACUUUCACAGCCCACGAAGCUGCGAGCGGACUCUGGUGUCUACUUUCGUGACUUGAAUGCGGCACGGCAUCCCAAAUAUCCGCUAAAGCCCAUGAUCCAAGCAAUUCUACAGGAUAAACCGGGUUUUUGUCUUGAGGACGUGGAUAUUGUGGCUUGUGGCAGCACCCUGGGAAAUCUGUUAAGAUUUGCCCGCGGUAAAAGCCCUUCAUUCAGAAUGUUGAUCGAAGUCAUCGGGAACACGGUAUUCUUCAGCAGAAGGGAGAAUUCUCCCAAAGAAACCAUCCAGAACAUUAAAGGAUUCGGACACACCUUCCCAGAGGCGUACACAACAUGGAGCAAGCAUGUUCCAAAGUCAGAGUCUCAUCAACGUCUUAUAACCUUUGAAAUUGCCAACAUGAACUGCUUAGUGAGGUUUGAAGCAGAUGGUUAUCUUCCUGACCUAAUCCCCGAAGAUUUGAAGGCCAAGAAGAAUCCCGAUCAUAAAAAAAGCGACGUGGAGCCCGAUGACCUCCUGUCUUCUAUUGAGGGUGCUAAAAUAUCUGCCGCUCACUCGGACUCCACUGAAAAAGAGUCAAGUACUCUUAUAAUCUCCAAAGGUGGUCGCUAUAUUCCACAAUGUGCGAUAUUUGACCUGAAGACACGUGCUGUCUAUAAAGCCGACAUCGAUACCCUGUCGGAAGAGAUAAGCCGGCUGUGGCUCCGCCAAAUUCCCAACUUCGUGCUCGCAUAUCAUAAGUUCGGGAAGUUCGAGGAUAUUCGAGUCAAGGAUGUAAGUGAGGAUAUCAAGAAAUGGGAGGAAUCUGAACAGCCGGGCUUGCAGAGGUUUGCAACUUUGCUGCAGAUGAUUAUCUCUUUUGCUCGUAGCGCGGAAGAUGGGAAGCUGGAAGUCGAGCAUGAGGAGGAUGAGAAUGUUCUGAAUCUUCGAACCCCCGGCGGAACUAUUGGUAGUGUGUUGCCGGAAGACUUGGCAGGCCAUUGGAAUGCGAAUAGUGGGUCGGUCUAA